GAACUCUCAGGGUUGGUGAACGGCUGCAAAAUUCUCAGCUGGAUGAUGAUAGUAAACAUCCAGCCAUACUACCUCGUCAGUCAAAAUUCACCAACCUAGUCAUCUCCGAUGCUCAUGCCAGAACUAUGCAUGGAGGAACUCAGCUGAUGCUCUCCUACAUUCAAAGGACUUUCUGGAUUAUUGGAGGUCGUGCUCCAGUGAAGUCCUUCCUCAAAGAUUGUCUCACGUGUGCUARAAUACGUGGAGUGAGAGCACAACAACUCAUGGCUCCACUCCCGGCWUCUCGAGUGACACCAUCUCUCGUGUUCGAGACUACAGGGCUGGAUUACGCCGGGCUAGUCACCAUCAAGACCUUUCAAUGCAGAGGUGCAAAGUCCUUCAAGGGUUGGAUAGCUGUGUUCAUAUGCUUCUUUACCUCUGCUGUUCAUCUUGAAGUAGUCUCUGACUACUCCACCGAAGGAUUUCUCAAGGCAUUUCGACGGUUCACCAGCCGUAGGGGCAUUCCAAAAACGCUCAGAAGMGACUGUGGUACCAACUUCCAAGGAGCAAACAAGCAGCUUAAGGAGCUACUCUUAGCUGCAACGAAGGAAUCCCUCAAGCUCAAGAGACUUCUCCGUAAUGACGGCACUAAUUGGAUCUUCAACCCUCCAGCAGCACCACAUAUGGGUGGAAAAUGGGAGGCGGCGGUGAAAUCAAUCAAGUAUCAUCUUAAACGAACCAUCUCGGAUGCGUUGCUAACGUUCGAAGACUUCUUAACGUUCUUAGCCCAAGUUGAGGCGGUUCUCAAAUCUCGACCUCUCAGCUCUCUCUCGGAGGACCCCGAUGACAUCAGAGCAUUAACACCAGGGCAUUUCAUCAGAGGRGAAGCAUUAACAACUAUCCCCGAGCCUUCUCUAACAGACAUCUCAGAUUCCAGGUUAUCUCAUUUCUAG